AUGGAUUUAAGUACAGAACAUAUAGAUAGAGAUGAUGAAUGUUCUAUAUUAUCGAUUGAUUCGAAAGCACCAUUAUUGACAGAUGAUGAAUACUUUAAUAAUACCUUACUACAGGAGGAUGAAGAUACAUCUCGUAUCUAUGAUGAUGAACGACAAAUUGAUUACUCAAAUAAUGUUGGAAGACAAGGUAUUUCGGGUUCUAGUUGGGCAGCGUAUAUAAAUGUCACUUGUUUGAUUGCAGGAACAGGAAUUUUUGGGUUGCCAUAUGCCGUCAAACAAGGAAGUUGGAUUGGAAUUGCAUUAGUAGCAUUGCUCAUGCUAAUGACUCAAUAUACAAGUAUAAUUUUAAUUAAAUGUCUUUAUUAUAAUCGCAAAAAUCGGUUAAGUACUUAUGCAGAUAUCGGUUACCAUGCGUAUGGAAAUGUUGGAAAAUAUAUUUUGGUUGGAUUCAAUAACAUGAUUUUGCUAGGAAUUCCGAUAUUUUUCUUACUUAUUGCAGGAAAGAAUCUUGACAAUUUAGUAACAGUGCAUUUAGGAAUACACAUAGAAACUCGAAUAUGGAUAUGUAUAGCUUCAGCAUUAAUUUCCAUACCAUUUAUAUUAAUGAAAUCAUUGAAAGAUGUAUUUUUUUUAAGUAUUUUUGGCGCACUUUCGACUUUGUUUUCUGUAAUCGCUGUCGCCGCAUUAUCAUGUAAAGACUUUACUGAGGUUAUGGCUUAUUAUGAUACUUGUUCGCACAAUUUAUAUAAAUUUCCAGUAUCAUUUGCGGCAAUAUCACUCUCAUAUGGAGGAAAUAGCCUUUUCCCAUCCAUUGAAGGGAACAUGCGGAAACCUAAAGAUUGGAAUAAAGUGGUAACUGCCGCUUUAUUUACUUGUACAUUUAUGUAUUUGAUUGUUGCAUUUUCUGGAUAUUAUGUGUUUGGUGAUUGCAAGAUUGUUCGUGCAAAUCAGCAUGAAGGACCAAUUGUUACAAUAGCAACCAUAUUUAUUACCAUUGACAUGCUUCUUACAUCACCAAUUCUUUUAACAUCAUUCGCGUCGGAUGCUGAAGAGUUUUUAAAUAUUACAUACGAGCGUUAUUCAGUUAUUUCGGAAUUUUUAUUAAGAGUUUUAUUUCGCUUAAGUAUUAUCGUUGGAUGCGUGACUGUUGCCAUUUUUAUGCCGCUUUUUGGCGACUUUAUGGCCUUAUUUGGAGCGUUAGGGAUGUAUUGCCUCGUGUUUAUUUUUCCCGUGAUUUUUUAUAUAAAAUUAUCUGGAUGGAGUAAAUUAUCCUUUCUAGAAUUGAUGUUGGGUUUGUUCGUGAUAUUUGUUGGAUUUGUUGGAUAUGUGGUUGGAACCAUAGAUGCCGUAAGUCAAUCACGACAAUCUCGACAAUCUAGAUCAUAUUAUAAAUGCUAG